ACAUUUUAAUAUUAUUUAAUGUAAAGAGAUUUCAAAAGUUAUAAAGUAUAUUAAAAACAGGAGAUAAUAUUUAUAUAAUAUUUUUAAGUGUUAAAGAUAUUGUUACCUUACAAUACUUAUUUCCACUUGUUCACAUAUAAGUUUGUAGCAUGACCUCAGUAGUGCAUUGUUAUGAUGAAUGAAGAAUGGCGGACGUUGUCAUUUUACGAUAUUUGUUCACAUUUCUAUUGAUAAAUGCUUGUUACGCGGGUCUACCCGGUUUGGAAGAAGAUGGAGUGUCGGGCAGCACUCAGGGACCUGACAAUCAGCUAUUGGAUGACCCUAUCUCCAUACAAAAGAUGAUGGUACAGCAACCCAGAUAUAAAUGCCAUCAAUGCGAGGAGCCGGAGUGCGGCUCGGGCCCGCACGAGGUGUGCCACGAGGCGCUGUACUGCUUCAAGUCGUCGGUGCGGGACUCGGACGGGGAGCUGCGGUACACCAGGGGGUGCUCCACGCAGACCGCGCACUACCAGUUCACUUGUAGGACUAAUACGCCUCAGCAGAGCCUCCGCAAGCGUCACGCGGGCUUCCACAACGUGACGUGCUGCCAGGGCGACCUGUGCAACGCGGGCAAGUUCCCCGAGCUGCCGCCGCUGCCCGACACCGCCAUCGAGCCGCUGCCCACCAACGCCUGGAAGCUGUGGGCCAGCGUCGCCGCCUCCGUGCUCAUCGUCAGCGCUAUCGGCGCCAUGGCUAUAUUUGUGCUGCGGAGGAGUCACAGAUUACGUGUAUCUCGCGCGGCGCUACACAAGCUGGGCGCGGACUCCAAUUACUUCUCGUCCAAUAUGUACAGUCCACAUGUCACCAGUGCCUACUAUGAAGGCAUGGAAGGCUCCCAAACCGGAGUAGGAGUGCGAGCGACGGCGGCCGGCGACUCCACGCUGCGGGAGUACCUGGAGUGCUCGGUGACGAGCGGCUCGGGCUCCGGCUUGCCGCUCAUGGUGCAGAGGACUCUUGCCAAGCAGGUCUCGCUGUGCCACUGUGUUGGGAAGGGUCGUUACGGCGAGGUGUGGCGCGGCUCGUGGUACGCGGACAGCGUGGCGGUGAAGAUCUUCUUCUCGCGCGACGAGGCCAGCUGGCGCCGCGAGACCGAGAUAUACUCCACCGUGCUGCUCAGACAUGAUAAUAUACUGGCUUAUAUCGGCAGUGAUAUGACUAGUAGGGGUAGUUGCACGCAGUUAUGGCUGAUCACCCACUUUCACCCGCUGGGCUCGUUGUACGAGCACUUGAACAGGACGACGUUGACACGUAAUCAGAUGAUGGCCAUUUGUCUGUCGGCCGUCAACGGGCUGCUGCAUCUACACACUGAGAUACAUGGUACACAGGGCAAGCCAGCUAUAGCACACCGGGACAUCAAAAGCAAGAACAUCCUGGUGAAAGUGAACGGCGACGUGUGUAUAGCAGACCUCGGGCUGGCCGUGACCCGGGCACACGUGGCGGCCGGCGUCUCGCACAACCCGCGCCAGGGCACCAAGCGGUACAUGAGCCCAGAGAUGCUGGACCAGAGCAUAAACACUCAAUGCUUCGAGUCGUUCCUGAAGUGCGACAUCUACGCGCUCGGGCUCGUGCUGUGGGAGACCGCCCGCCGCGUGGCGCCCGCGCACGAGCACCGGCCCCCCUACUACGAGCUCGCCGCGCCUGAUCCUAGCUUCGAUGAUAUGAGGAAGAUCGUCUGUGUUGACGCCGCCAGGCCCGAGCCGCCUGAUGAUCCGCAUCCAACGAUGGUAGGCAUGGCGGCACUGAUGCGCGAGUGCUGGCACCAGAACCCGUCGGUGCGUCUGCCGGCGCUGCGCAUCAAGAAGACGCUGCUCAAGCUCGCCGCCAACGACAACAGCAUACGCCUCAACGAGGACAACGAGGUCUCCGUCUAAAUGUUCUGGAGUGUUCCAGGAACUUCUAGAACGUUCCGGAAACUUUCGGAAAAUUCUAGAAUGAGUCUCCUUGUUCUAGACUGAAACUAAGCCGAUGUGGUGUAACCAAUAUUCUUAAGAAAGACUCAUAGAAUGAGGUGUAAUUUUAAAAUAUCAAAUACACCCUAAAAAAAAAUGGUUAUUAGUUUGGUGAAACUGCGUGAUAGAAAAAGGUACACACUAAAGACUAUUUUCUUAGACUUAAUUUGCUGUUUUGGCUUGACAAAUCUUGAUUUAAUUUUGUAUUUGUGACAAUUUUCUAAUUCUGUUAUCAGUAACUAUAUAAAUCAUGCUUAGAAAAUAACAAUAUUUUGUUGGACAAUAUGUUCUGUUCAAACCACAACAGAUAUGGUCCAGCAGUUUCAGAUUAACAAACACACAGACAGUUGAAGCGUAUGUCCACGAUAGCUUUUCUUAAAAGUAAACAUAAUGCUUAUUAUUUAUAGCAUAGUAUCGAGUUAAUGAGACUUCUGCGUCGGCAGUCAUAGAAUACUAAAACGUAGUGGUUUAUACAUGGGACUUGAUAUUAUAUGGGGUAUCAAAAUCAAAAAUAGUUUAUUCAGGUAGACUGAAAAACAGCACUUUUCGAAAGUCAGAAUUACAUGAGAAUAUAUACCUACGGACUUAUAAUUAUGUAAUUGAUAAUGUGCUUCAGGCAUGCACAGACCGGCAAAAAGUGAGGAACUAAUCACCUCACAGCACCUGUAGGCUCCUGGUUGAAAAAAAAAACUUCUCUAUAAAGAGAUUCUUAAUUCGAAUGUUUUUCUUUAUAAUAAAUUGCAUUAAUGACAUAGCAAUAAUUUAAAAACACUCUUAAAACCUUAAACUUGCUGGAUCUUUAGUGCUCUUUAUAAAAUUAAAUGAAUCUUCAUACAAUAUCAAGUCUCUAAUUAGUUACUUAAUCGUGAAGUGCCGAAUAGUAUUUGUAAUUAGAUGUAAAUGUAAAAAUAUAUAAUAAUACUGUAAAUAUUUAAUUUUUUAAGUUUUUUUUUACUCAUACUAAUUAAUUUUAUUGCUGUGGACUUUGAUAUGUUUGUUGAGAAUCUCGUUAAUUUUAAUUUUGAAUUUUGCAUCCGUUUUUAUAAAACCAACAACCUAUCUUGAACAUUCGGAAAAAUACUUCUAUGUAUAUCAAUUUGAGAAUAUAAUAAAGUCACAUUAUUACAGCUAUUUAAGUAGACAAAUAAUAUCAAAAUCCACAAAUAUACUAAUGUUCUAAUAUACCAAACGCCACUUCUAAAUACUUACAUAUUUCCCUCAUCACAUAAUCAUGACAAAACGACAGAAAUACAUUAUAUUUUAGUAUCGUUUGAGUAUUAGAACAUUACAGUACAUCUGACGUAGCUUUGCGCGUCUGAAGGUUAGCUAAUAAGCUGCGCAGUAGACAAUCUUCUUAAAAUGUCGACUGCGCAGCGUAACAGCCAACUUCGCACUCGCAAAGAUACGUCAUUCGUAUUUUAUUCUAAGUUUAGCAAAAUUCAGCGAUAGUUCGCUUCGAGCCGACGAUGGCUUUAACAAAAUUGAGUUGCCAUAUCAUAUAUGUAUUGUAAACACCGAGUUAUUUAGCAUUUUCUAUAUAUAAGUUAAUGUAGUUCAUUGUGUGACUACUUUAUAUAAAUUGUUGGUUAAAUGACGAAAUUAUUGCACUUGUAAAUGUUGUUCAAGAGAAUAAACUUUUACACUAGUGAUUUUAGGGAAACAAUUAUUUUUAAACAUGAAAAAUUAGCAUUUUGUUAAAAAUUUAAACUUCAAAAGUAUUUGAACGACAUUUACGAGUUAAAGAAAGCUUUAUGAAAAGAAAAAUUCUAAGAAUCUCUUGUUUGUAUGAUAGAGAAGAAAGUUAACAAUAACUCACUUGUUGACGUACACUGUAGUUGUAAUGAAUUAGUUUGUAAGUGUGUACCGCUCAGUUAUAAGUAUGGUAGGAUUAAUCUGUGAAUACAAGCGUGGUAUAGCAUGUGACUGAAAUAUUGCGUAAACUUUGUUAUCAUAUAACUCUUACAGUUGUUUAAAAGAGUGCACUUGUUUUCUUUCAAUGUUUUUUUUUUCAAACUCAAAUGAUUUAGUUAUUUACUUUACAAGCACUUGUGGAUGUCAAAAAUAUAUAAGAAAAGUUGAGACACAAUAUUACAUGCACAAUAUUGCAUUCAGUUCCUGUCGUUUAUUGCCAUAUAAAAUAUAAGAUUUUAUAUUAGACUGUAGCGGAGAAAGUGCGUCCAAUUAAAAGUGCCACUUUUACCGCGAUAUCUUAUAGCUACGAUACCACGUUUGUUUCAUACAUUUUGUCUUUCCGUACUUAUAACUGAGCGGUUUGUAUGUUAAGGUUUACAGAAACAGGCAUUUAAUUCCGUUCCUUUACGAAAUACUCAAAAAGACAAUAAGUAUCCAGUGUUAGAGCUAUCCAUGGUUUUGAUCAAAAUAGAAAAUUUUCAAUGAUGGCUUUAAUACUUACCGUUUUUUAUUUCAGAUUGUAUAAUUUCAGUAGAAUUGCAGUUCAUAAGAUAUGCCAUAAAUAAAGUCAAAAAGAGUUAAAUGUGUAGUCCCAAAAUUAUUAACUGAAAUGCAAAUCUACUGAAAUUGUACAACAAACCUGUAAAAUAACUCAAGGAUUUAUUUCAGAAAACGUACAGAUAUUUAUUUGUUUUUAGAUAAAGUUUAAUUUACACAAAUAAGUAGAUUGUACCAGUUGAGAGUUCUGUGCGAAUAUUGUGUUCAGUUAUUGUAAAUAUGUAGCGGUAAUAAGCCUUAUGAUAGACGCGACGCGUCACAGUUAUGAAGAGAAAUACAUAUUUGUCUAUUA